AUGAUUCCUUCUCAUCGUAUCACCCUUGGCGGCCUGAUGGCAGACCGCAUCGACCGGCGCACGCUCGCGCAGCUCAUGCUGCUCGCCAGCUUUUUCGUAACUGCGAUUCUUACCGUACUCGUAAUCUCCGGCGAGGUGCAACUGUGGCAUGUCGCUGUCCUGGCGUUCAUGGGCGGCGGAUUCCGUGCCGUCCAGGAACCGACAGUCACGGCGCUCAUCCCAAAUCAGGUGCCGCAAAGCGUUCUGCUGAACGCCAUAACUCUGAACGCCGCUACUCGCCACGGCGCGCGAUUCUUCGGGCUUCUCAUCGCCGCCCCGCUUAUGGCCAUCCCCACCAUGGGCGUCGCGGGGGUCCUGGUGCUCAGUGCCCUUCUAGCCGGAUGCCUGCGCUGGAGGACGCACUUGAGCAACGCGGGCAAUACGGAACUGCUGAACGCCAUGCGCGACAUAUCGUCCAUGAUCGAAACCAGCUUCGUAUAUCAGGACGAGCAGCUUGGACUGGGACACGCCGUCCUCAUGGCUAAAGAUGAGAUUGACCCCGAACCACUGAACGACAACGUGUAUCGCAUCAAAGGCAUGGUGGAAAAGCCACGCCUAGAGGACGCGCCGUCCAACUUGGCCAUCGUCGGGCGCUAUGUGCUGACGCCUGAAGUCUUCGAUGCCCUGGAACAAGCGCCCCCGGGUGCAAUCGGCGAAAUCCAACUGACCGAUGCCAUUGAAGCCGUGCGCGCCGAGCAGGGCGCCUAUGCCUACAAGAUCGUCGCAGACCACUUCGAUGUUGGAACGCCCUUAGGCAUGCUGAAGGCGUCCGUUUAUGCCGCCCUGAAGCGCGAUGAUAUGGCACGCGAACUCCAAGCCUGGCUCAAACCUAUGCUCAACAGUUGA